AUGCACCACGCAUUUUCCAAUCGUGGCGCCCCAUUCUCCCCGCAGUCCAAGACAUCGACCACCAUCUUGCAGUACAACCUCAUCAGUGCGCGCAACGGCAAUGGCAACAGCAGAUCGAGCGGCAGCGGCAGCAGGGACGCGCUCACGAACCUGCAGCAGAUGAUUGGCGUGGUGCAGCCGCAGUCAAGGAGCGAGAAGUUGCGAGUGCGCGAGAGAGAGAGGGCUGCGUGGGAGGACGAACGAGAGUGGGCUGCGCAGGAGGGAGACCAGCAGGCGAUGGCGCCCCAGGGGCCGGCCAUGGCCAUGGAUGACCCACCGGCACAGGCACCAGAGCUUGUCAGGCGCGAGCGAGAGCGGAAAUCGGGCGCGGGGACGCCGCUGGAAGACUUGUUCAAGAAGCGCUUCCGGACCCGACGCCAGUCGGGGAGCAGCGGCGGCAUCCCCAACAUCAUGGUGGAGUCGCCAACCACCGCCACGGUUUCCCGGGCCUCGACGAUCGCCGCCGCCAACCAGCCACAUCUAUUGAGCCCAGAGAUGCAUCAGCUGUCCCUGCCGCUGCCCGCUGACGCCGCAGAUUUUGCUGUCUCGGACUCUGACCCGCGGCCGCUGCCCCCGCUGCCAGAGUUCUACCUGACCACGCCCAGCACUGUCGGCAUCGCCGACGAGGUUGAGCAGCAUCUCCCCGCCGGGUUCGUGCCCAUGGGCGCCGCCGACCCCCCACAUGACUUCGGCGCACCGAAAGCAAAGGGGCCCAGAUACAGCUACGAGGUCGCGCCAAUACCCCCUGGCGUGGUCCAUCCCAAUCCGCCUGGCAGGAGAAGCACCACGCCUGGGCGGAGGAGCGCUACGCCGCACGCCGCCGCAGGGGUGGCGCUCCCGCGCUCGCCGUCCAGCACGCCGAGCGCCUGCGGCCGGCGUGGCAGCCUGAGCGGCCAUUUGUCGCUGCUGUCGCUCCCGCUCGCGUUUGUGGCAUCUCCUUCUGCCCGCGCGCCGAGUGAUUAG